AUGAUUGUUUCAGAAGAACAGAUACGACAGUCCCAAAGGAUGCCAGUUUCAGCCCCAGGCACAGACAGACGGCAGAGAGCCUCAGCAGCAUUUUUUCUCAAUUUUCUCUCUUUAGUUUUCUCUAUUACAGCAUUCAGUAGCAAUUACUGGUGUGAAGGGACAAGAAAAGUUGCCAAACCUUUCUGCAUAGGACAGGCCAAAGGGGACAACUGCAUCCGCUUUAAUAGCCCUGAUGCCAACAACAGCAAUGCUGUGCAAUAUAUCUGGGAGACAGGAGAUGACAAGUUUGUUGACCGAAAGUUUCAUGCUGGGAUUUGGUAUUCGUGUGAAGAAAUUAUAAAUGGGGAAGGUGAGAAAUGUAGAAGUUUUAUCAGUUUGACUCCAGCUUCUGAUCGAGGGGUUUUAUGGCUUUCUAUUGUAGCAGAGCUACUCUAUAACAUUUUGCUUCUGACUGGAGUUGUUCUUAUGUCAGUAGAAAUGUGCUACUACAGUACUGUCAUUGAUGGGCUAAAGAUCAACGCCUUUUCUGCAGUAGUCAUCGUACUAGCAGGUCUUCUGGGCAUGGUUGCUCACAUGAUGUACACAACUGUAUUUCAAAUGACUGUAAAUCUCGGUCCUGAAGACUGGAGACCUCACACAUGGGAUUAUGGCUGGUCCUAUUGCCUCGCUUGGGCUUCCUUCGCUUGCUGUAUGGCUGCAGCUGUCACCACUAUUAACAAAUAUACAAAAACUAUUUUGGAAUUCAAGCACAAAAGAAAAAUGCUGGAAAGGAGUUUAAAGAUUAAAUACAAGUUUCCUGAUCACACAGCUCCAGAGAAAGCUUGCAGUGUGUAUGUGAACUCUUUUCACAACACUACAGAGGACUGUGUACAUCCAGUAAAAGAUUUACAUCACCUGGGUACUAUUUCAGUUCUAUAA